AUCCUGAUCCUCGGAUGUCCGACCGUCCGACCCCAUCCGCGCCAGCAGCAUAGUCGCUCCAUCCCUCUGACAGCACACAUGGGGAUCAUCACUCAGCAUAUACAGAAAAGUUAGAACUGGCGAGCCCUAUGAUGUUGUGAUUCAUUCUGAGAAUACUCGGUGCUUCGGGGAUCAAUGGUUAUCGCACUUCUUCUCUCUGAUGCCAACAAGCCCCUACGCUAUGCAGACCUUAGUCGAGUAGCCCUUCAGUGUCUUUAUGCAACACACUCGAUGUGGAAAGCCCUUUCUAUCCUCCAAUCCGCAAUAUCAUGUAGGGAACUAGAAACACCCACAUCGUUCACACCACCAUCUCGGCUUCUAUCUGCCUUUGAUGCGCACGUCGGUGACUGUUCGUGCCAAACGCGAGCGCAGAUGCUCUGGGAGCUUGUCCAAUUCUACAACAUACCAGAGAAGAAAAACGCCCUCGAUCGCGCAAUCACAAUGCUGCAAGAACUUAGGAUUCAGGCCGCAUUGCUGCUUCAGGAGAUCGAGCUCAGUCACGGGAAACCACGCAUUCCCACCCUCGACGCACUCAGAACUCAUUUGAGUGUAUGGCAACGCAUCGGCUUCACGCGUUUUUUAAAUCAUUUCUCUGGGCCCUCUGACUCUCCGCCUGAAAUUGGCGGCGCCCCGCAGACUGGCGCUGCUGGAGAUGUGCUAGUUAGCCCGACGCUUCCACCGGAUUCUUCACACAAACGCUACCAGAUCACAGUUGAACCAGAAUGGGACACCGACAACCUUUUCCUCGUCGCGCGUUUCUUGACGCUCUGUCUUCUUCUGUCUGAAUGCAAGAUAGCUAAGUUAAAAUCCGGUUCCCCUACCCGCGUGAUUGUUCGCGUCGAUCUUCAAUUAAUGUAUGCGAACAUCGGACUGGAGCUUGAAGCUUUGAGUCUGUUGCCGGCACGGAGGAAUGCGAAGCCUUGUGAUGGCAAGGUGAAGUUGCACGCGCAAUGCGAUGCUAUGCAGGUCUACGUAUCCAUCGUUACGACGGAUUGGGUGAAGAAAACGGUUCUUAGACUCGGACUUCUUGACUUUCACCAGAGUUUGUCCGAGGGAUUGAUAGUCGCAAAUAGUCGCCACAUUUCGUGCGUUGCGACGUAUGCAUCCACGUUGCUUGUACGCGCGUUGUGGUUGACAUUGAACACACCUUUACUGGUCGCGAUCCAGCGGUUCUGUUCGCAUGGCGAAUUCCACAAUAUCUAUUGCCGUAUCACCAGAAAUCCCGCAUCCCCAGCCCCCUCUUUCUGCGAGAUGGGAGAACCCAAUUGGUUCGAUGUUACACUUGUUUCCGAUGAAGACAUUAUCGCAUCACCGUGGGCCAUGCUACCGCACGUCAUCAUGAUAUGCAUGUCGGGGGAAGGCACGAUUGACGACUUCCGCCGUCUUCUCCUCGAUAACAAUCAAGGGAACUGGCGUCCUAGUCAACCUCAUAAUGGGACGUGCCAAGAGAUUGUUGACUACGUCAGCAAACUCAAGGAGCUCAACUUCGCUCGCUUUAUGGCGCACUGCUCUGCGCACCAUGAUCAGUUUCCGUUCACAUUACCGGAUGAUGAGGAUGCGUUGGAGAGGGUAUCUGACCUGAUCCAGAAGGGGUUGGGCAAGAGAGCUAGUGACACCUUUCAGGGGGCCAGAGAUGGGGCUGAUGACUUUGGAACAGGGAGAUCUAUGAACAUGUUCACGAUCGAACACUUGGUCGUGGAAUUUCCAGGCAUGAUAUUGAAAGAACUACAGGGAAAGCCUACCGUUUAUGGUUGUAGACUUGAAUCUUGAUAAGCUCGCACCAGUAAAUUGUACUAGUAGUAUCUUGACUUGAACAUCCCAGCUUAUCAUCGCCAGUACUUGGAC